AUGACUUUACUCUAUAUUACUAAUGAACCUGUUGUAUAUUCCUUUAACGUAGAUUUUUAAUAGAAAGAUAGUAUAUUUUAAUCAUAUCUAUGCAUUAGAUUGGUAAAGUAAGGCAAGAUCCUUGGAUUGUGGAUAUAUUAAAUUUUUUGGAUAUUUAGGGUCUCACAAUAAACCAUAUUUUUAGAUUUAGAGUCUCAAUCUCAUUAUAGGAUUGAUGCAGAGAUUCUAAGCAUUGACGGAUACAAAGAGCCUAAUUUUUACGUCGAAAAAUAUUGGCAAACCAAGAUAUCACUGUAAAAGAAGAUAAUAUUUGUGGAAAUUUGUCUUCAGAAUAUUUUUAUACAAUAUCUAUAGUUCGUACCCAUAUCAGAAAGAACACUCUAUGUAUUACUUAAUUUAGCUUUUGGAGGAAUAACAUCAUUGUAAUUAAGUACCAUUAAAUGUUAAUCUGGAUCUGUUAAUAAUGGAACUAUUUAAUUAUUCUUUAGAUAAAAAAAAUCGAUAUACAUUUCUGAAGGGUGGACAUUUACAUAUACUACCGAUCCUUAAUGUGGUAAUUACAAAUUUUUAUUGUUCAACUCAAUUAGUUAUUAUGGAUAACUCCCUCCUCAUUAACAUUAAUUAAUCAGGUUCUAUAAACGAACGAUGUUUAAUUAAUUAUAGCAUAUAUAUACAUAGUUAAUAGAUAACUAUUAAUAAAUACAAUUGAAAUAAAUUUGGUAAAUAAGUCUUUCAUUUUAAGCGUAAAACACAUCAACAGAGAUAUUAAUAAGAAAUCAUCCUGAUCCAAUAUUAAGGCUAGAUAUAAAGACUCUAAAUGCCCUUGAUAACUGCUAUAUAAGGGAUUUCGAACUUUUUAUUCUCCAAUUAAACAGCACCUUAUCAAAUGAAUGCAAAAUUAUUAUUAUCAUUCAUUUCAUUUGUAAUAAUUUUGAAUGA